GAACAUAGGGCUGUUGCAUGAGGCAGGCCAAUCUCUCGCUUCUCCACACCCCAGAUUCUCUCCCUCUGUCUGUUUGCUGGUUCCUCCCUGUCUUGGGCAGGUGUGUCUGACUCGGGGUACUGGUUUGUGCUCUCCCAGACUGCUGAGCUGUACCUGCCAUGGGCCCGUCCAGCGCCUUCCUUGGCGUCCUGUUCCUCUCGGGGACACUGGGUCUCACCACUUCCCCAGCCAGAGGACGGCUCCGCUGUUACACCUGCAGCUUUGCCAAGCCCUGCGACCCUGUUCCCAGGGAGUGUCGAGAGGACGAGGUGUGUGGUGUCAGUGUUGGCACCUCAGGUAGGACUCUGGUGCGAUGGCCCUUCUCGAGGUGGCUCCUCUCUUUCCUGCCCAUGGCUGCCGCCGCAACCUCAGCAUUCCUCUUUUGUCCCACAGAGCAAAAGGAGGAGGAAGUCAUUGAGCGGAAAGGCUGCCUCCCCAGAGCCCAGUGCCCUCUGCUGGGCCAUGCGACCUACUGGUCACGGUCCUACUCUCUCCGGCACCAGUGCUGUGAGCAGGACCUAUGCAAUGCUGCCGCCUCACAGCCACCCCCCAACCUUCCCCUCAUGACUCUGCUACCCCUUGCAGCCAUGAUCGGCUGGGGAGUACAUGACUUCCUCUAGCCCAUGCGUCCACGGCUGUCAACCCAGGAUUCCAGUGUCACCGUGGACAUGAAAACACCUGCACAGAUGCUGUGGAGACACGCUCAGGAGCGUGACUUUGUAUAAAAACCUCAGUCACCGAUCCCAGUACCUCUACAGACCCGGUUCCUACAGCCAGAGUUCUGUUCCCUGCAUGCAAGUGGCCGCAACCUCACCUCAUAAGAGACCCCCAUAUUUAAACCUAGAUGUCCCAGGUCAGCUACCCUGCAUGAGCUGUGGGGUCCCAGGCAAAGGGACAGAAGUGUCACUGGGGCUGGUGAGAAAUAGAGUUCUGCUAGGGGGCAUGUAGCUUGGUACCCGAGGGUCUCAAGAACAGAGGGCUACCUUGGGGAACCAUAAAGAGUGUAUUUAAUAAAAGGGCUAUUGGGUAGAGAUAUAGCUCAAUGAUAGAGUGCUUACCUACCAUACAUAAGGCCCUGGGUUCAAUCCCCUACACCAUAAAUAAAUAAAUAAAUAAAUAAAUAAAUAAGCUGUAAAA